AGAAAAGGUUCUUGGAAUGUGGUGGGACACAAUCUCGGACACCUUCACCUUCAAGACUCCGAAAAGAUGUCGUCCGGAAUUAAUGACUGGCUCAGAAAUUCCCACCAAAAGGGAAGUUUUGCGGGUUCUCAUGUUAAUCUACGAUCCACUGGGAUUUCUCGCAAACUUUCUUAUGUACCUGAAAGUACUUCUGCAAGAAAUUUGGCGUUCCGGCGUUCAAUGGGAUGAACCAAUAAACGAACAACAAUUUGAAAAAUGGUGUGUUUGGCUGAAGGUUCUACAACAAGUAGAAAACGUUUCCAUUCCAAGGUGCUACAGAACCAAAACUUCUUCUUCUCCCGACACCAAUCACAUCCAAAUUCACGUGUUUGUAGAUGCCAGUGAAAACGGCUACGCUGCUGUCGUCUACCUACGAUUUGAAGAGGAUUCCGUGGAAUGUGCCUUUGUAACCGCCAAAACUCGUGUCGCUCCUUUGAAGUAUGUAUCAAUUCCACGCCUGGAACUUCAAGCAGCAGUGAUUGGAGCACGGUUAGCGCAGGAUGUAGUAGAACAGCAUCGAUUACCAAUAACUCAGCGAUUCUUUUGGUCCGAUUCUCGAGAUGUGCUUUGCUGGUUGAAAUCUGAUCACAGGAAAUAUACAAAGUAUGUUGGAGCUCGUGUUGGUGAAAUCCUGGAAAAAACAAAUGUUGCAGAAUGGAAUUGGGUUCCUUCCAAAUUGAAUGUAGCCGAUGAAGGUACAAAGUGGCAAAAAACACCAGAUUUGCACUCGAGUAGUAGGUGGUUCAGAGGUCCAGACUUCAUUUGGCAGUCGCGGCAAGAAUGGCCAGAACAACUCAAAUGUUAUGGAGUAACUGAUACAGAAAUUCUUCAACAUUCAAAUGUCCAUGUGAUACGAGAACCUCUGAUAAACUUCGGUGAUCAUUCGAACUGGUGGAAGCUAGUACGCCUAGUUGCGUUUAUUCGUCGAUACAUCGGUAACCUUCGCCAAACAUUAUAUAACAGAGAAAAAGCAGUGGGCAUGUUGAAACAAUCAGAAUUGCUGAAUGCGGAAUACGAGAUCUAUCGAAUGGCGCAACGAGAAGAAUUUCGCGAAGAAAUUAGCUUAUUAUCAAACACAAAAAACGUUAACCCUCGGAUUCCCAAGACCAGUGUGCUCUACGGACUUUCACCCUUUCUCGACGAAUACGGAGUAUUACGGAUGAAAAGUCGAAUUUCCAAUUGUCGGUUUAUAGAUCAGAAUACUGCCCACCCAAUCCUACUCUCGAAAAAUCAUCAAGUUACUAAUCUAGUUGUUAAAUUUACUCAUGAGCACUACCAUCAUCUAAACCAUGAAACUGUGGUGAAUGAGCUACGACAGAAAUACCAUAUCCCUAAGCUUCGCAGAGUAUGUAAUAAAAUUCAUCGCGACUGCCAAGCAUGCAAGAACGCUAAAGCUCGCCCACAAUCUCCGAUGAUGGCUGACCUACCCCCAGCAAGGCUUGCAGCAUGUUCAAGACCAUUUUCAUAUAUCGGGAUCGAUUAUUUCGGUCCAAUGAACGUAGCAGUAGGGAGACGUGUCGAGAAGAGAUGGGGAGUGUUGAUAACCUGUUUGGUAGUUCGAGCGGUACACUUAGAAAUAGCCCAUUCCUUAACUGCCAGUUCCUGUAUCAUGGCCAUUCGAAACUUCAUUGCGAGACGUGGCACCCCUAUCGAGAUCUUCAGUGAUCGUGGAACCAAUUUCGUUGGAUCAAGUCGAGAGUUGUCGGCAGCUGUUCAAGAGUUAGAUCAAGACAAGGUUAUGAAGGACCUCGUAUCGGCCGAUACAAAAUGGACUUUUCUACCACCCAGCAGUCCGCAUAUGGGCGGAAGUUGGGAAAGGCUUGUGCAAUCAGUUAAAAAAAUCUUGAAUAACAUGAACCUUCCAAGGACUCCCACCGAUGAAGUUCUUCGUAACAGCCUACUUGAGAUCGAAUUCAUCAUAAACUCGCGUCCCCUCACCUACAUCCCUAUUGAGAACGCUUCAAGUGAAGCUUUGACGCCCAACCAUUUCCUGCUUGGAUCCUCACACGGUUUGAAACCAUUGGUGUCGUACCAUGACAGCCUCGCUACACUUAGAAACACAUGGAAAACAUCACAAGUUUACGCCAAUCUUUUCUGGAAAAGGUGGUUAAAAGAGUACCUGCCAACAAUUCGUCGUCGUCCUAAAUGGCAUCAUCCGGUGAAACCUAUUGCAGUCGGUGAUGUCGUGGUCAUCGUUGAUUCCGAUUUGCCCCGUAACCUGUGGCCGAAGGGGCGAGUGGUUAAGGUCAACGAGCAUGCCGGCCAAGUUCGUAGUGCAACUGUGCGGACUUUGUCAAACGUGUACGAACGACCUGCUGUGAAAUUGGCGGUUCUUGACAUCGGUGCAACAGAGUGUAAGCCAGGAACGGGAUCAGGCUUACCGGGGGGGAGUGUCACGUCACCUACGGACGCACCGCAGUCACGCAUCGAACCCCCACAUCAUUCGCCGUCACUGACAGGCGAGAAACGUCAAGGUGGUAAAGUGCAUGACCAGCAAUAACAGAGUUUGGUGACUAGGCGUUUAAUCAGUAACAAACAAAUAAACAAUUUACAACAAAUUUAUUAAAGUUUAGUUACAAUUACAGUACAAUUUAAACAAAUAACACUGGAUUACACUACACUCGUUUGCAAGGAACACUUCAAAUCAAUUUAUAGCUUCGCGCAGGUAUUGAUUCGUGGCGUAAACCUAAUUCGUCUGCUAAAUUGAGCAGUUUCACAGUUAGUGCCUAAUAAUACUUGAAACAGGUAACAGUAAGUGCUAGCAAUACCGUACGGCACCCGAAUUUCGGACUGAACACAAAUAAUUACUAAAAAGGCAUUAAACGUAAGUUGAAAUUUAAGAUUAUAUUCAAUGAAACACAAUGCACACAUAUAUUAUAAGUAAUCAAAUCCCUAAAUGCAUGAAUUGUCUUUACUACAGGGAUAAUUUAACGUUCUGUAAUACACCGUUGAAAUUACCGGAAGCUUCGUCGUUUUCUUUCUUGU